CGCGUCUGUUCUGCCUCCCUUGGUCGAGGCCAGAAUUAUCGAGCGGCGUCGUACACCGACGACCUUGAUCGAUGCGUAUAGGGCCGUGCUCUAAGUCUUAGGCCAGGAGGGAAUAAAAGAAGAGUAGUCUAUGUACGUAUAGGGAUAUUGCCAUCUGCAGUGUAACAGUGCUGUCUCCGUAGUCUGAUUCAGGGCCGCCACCAUGCGGUGUCCACAGCUGGGCUCGUUCUUGUGCUGCUCUCUGCGCACUGGUGUCCUCGUCAUAGCCAUCACCUGCCUGGUGCUGAACACGCUGGGCGCCAUAUUCUUUGCGUACGUCUUGGCCUCCCCCAGCGCGAUCCGCGCAGCCGUCAUGGAAGACCCGUCCAUUUUGGAUGACGACGAGCCGGCCGAGGAGCAGCUGCGGGAGAUCGUGCAGGGGGUGCACGUCCUGUUCGGGCUCGGACUGGCGUCUGCCAUCGUCUGCCUGGUCAUGGACGUGGCGCUGCUGGUGGCCUUCAAGAAGGACCGGCCGCGCCCGAUGUUCGUGUGGUGCAUCUGGUACAGCCUGGUGUCGGCCGGGAUGAUCGGCUACUCUCUCUAUAUGACUGUGCUGAUGAUAGCUACGAGUGACACAUCGCCGGACUUGUGGUUCCACAUCAUGACGAUGCUUGCGUCCGGCGGCACUGGCAUCUACUUUAUACUGGUCGUGAACAGCUACCACCGAAUAUUGAAGGAGCGAGGUAACGGCGGCGGAUACUUCCUGCAGCCUGUGACGACCGCCUGAGCAGCCGUCUCACCGCAGAGUGGCCUCACCGAAUACUGGAAGGGGUGCUCGCACUCUAUGAAGACGAGGUAUUGUGAAAUCAGUACCGAGGAAUGCUGUAGCUGAUGAGCGCUGACCAAUGACAGGAGGUCAUUGACAGUUAUUAAUAGCACCUGGGCUUAAUGAUAGCUCGGUGGGAUUCUCUGUACUAAUUUGGAUCUCGCUAACCGCAUGCAUGCAUACCGUCCUAAACCCGCCAGAGUGGCUGCCCCAUUGAGCUGGUAGCCGACAUCUACAACUGCCUUUGGUCCUCACCUGGUCCUCACUGCCCCGAGGCGGUAUAUCUUUCUCACAAGUUUAUGAAAAUGGACGUACACGUGCACGCUUAUUGUUGCCGCUUCUUGUCUCAGGAAUAUUAUGUGCAACUUGAAGUGCGAUGAAUGUCACACAGUUAUCGGUAAUAUCCUCGAUUUUGGUUAUUUCUGAUUCGCUGACAAUAAGACAGAGUCUCACGAUUUUCUUAUGGUUUUUGUUGGAAAUAUUUAAUGUUCUUCGGGACCUAGUGAGCAUGUUUUUUUUUUAAAUGAUAAUUUAGUUGCAUGACCCUUCAUAUGUUAGCUCUUGAGUUGUUCGUGUUACUUGUAUUAUCCUCAUGAGACGUGUGAGAGCUGUGAAGACGCGCUUUUCGUAGAGAACAGAACAAGAGAUCGGCGGCUGGAUGGGUGCUAUUUGAUGUAUGUGAUGUCACAGUAUGCCUUCUUCGUCACAUCUUGAAUCUCUAGUUUUUCUUGGCAUAGCUACUGUGUGACAUCACAUGCUGGUGGACGUAAGCAUCGGUAAUAGCGAGAUACGCGUAUGUGUCGUGUUCGGUGUUCAAUGGGUGUUUGUGAUCUGUGACGUGCGAUGGAACGAUGUGCUUUUAGAGGUAUAUUCUAAUGUCCUACAAGAUAUUUAUUACUUGUUUUCAGUUUUUUUUUGUUCAAUCAAAAUUAUAUUCAGAAAUACUUACCCCUAGUCCUAGAUGAAUUAUUUAUAAGUGGUGCCUCGGCAUUUGGACUAAGAAAUUAAGGCAAACAGUUGCCUUUCUUAAUUCUUUCGUUUCUUUCGUAGGAAGCGGGCGCAAAAUGUCCUCGCAGUCGGCGCGCCCCUAACCCCCAACAAACAAAUAAACAGACAAACUUUCGUAGGAAGGUAUUUUCAUAACUUGGUAACUACAUGUGUGAAAUAUGCAUGUUGAAAAUACAUUUUUUUUGUGGC